AUGCCAUCUACUACUAAUACUACUAGUACUACAGCCGCCACUACUAUUACUACUGACAAUUAUAUAAGUAAUAAUAAUUAUGAACAAGUCAAUGAUGAAUUAAAUGAUUCAACUUACACUGAUAAUACAAUCAUUAAUGAUAAUCCUGUUGCUGUUGUUGAUGAUGACAAUGAUGGUGAUGACAAUAAUAAUCAUCAUCGUCAUCAUCUUGAAAAGAUGAAAAUGGAUAAUAAUGUUAAUAAUAAUAAAACAGAAUCAAAAUUUUCAUGGAAACGUAGUUCAUUUAGUAGUUUAACACAUCGUAGUUCAUCAAUAUCAAAAGCAUUAAAUAAAACUAAUAUUAUUAAUGGAUUUAAUCAAUUAGAUAAUGAAAAUAAUAAUGAUAAUAAACGAUUAACAAUUAGUAGACCAAUUUUAUUAAGUCGACCAAAUUCAGUUACACAUUCAACUUUAAAUCGUCUACCAUCCAAUUCAUCAUCAUCUUCAAUUAUUGGUAAUCUAACUGAACCAAGUAGUUUAGGUAGUUCAACAACGAGUCGUGACAGUUCAUUAACUGUUGUUUCAUCAUCAUACAAUGGUUGCAGCAGCAGUAGUGGUGGUGGUGUUGGUAUCGGCUAUGGUCUCGUCGGCCCUAGUAUCGGUGGAUAUACUGCUGGUCAUGAUGAGUCAGCAUUUACAGAACAACAACAACAACAACAAACUCAACAUCAGUCUUCAAUAUCAUCAUCAUGUUAUUACGAAACAUCUACAAACGGAUCACUUUCACCAGCGUCUAGUCUAUCAUCUAUGAUAUCGACUACAUGUGUUCCAUCCCAUUCGUUAACAUCCAAUAUUUCAAAUUCUAUAAAUAAUAAUAAUUCUCCAUCAUUAUGCAAUAAUAAUAGCACAUCAAUUGCACAAGGUUGUCUACGAGCAUUAAGAUCUGGUGAAACAGUAUUUCGUGCAUCAACCAAUACUUCAACUGGUACAUUGAAUUCACGAAGAAAAGUUAGUACAUCUUCAAGAACAAAUACUCCAAUGUUGUUGACAGAUGAAAGAUCAACAAAUCCAAGAAUCAAAAAUUUAUCACCAACUGUAACAUUAGUUAACUUAUCAACAAAAAAUUCUACUGAUGAUGCUAUUUCUUCAUCAAGUUUAUUAAGAAAGAAAUCCAACUUAUUAUUUAAUCGUGAUAUAUAUCAGUCAUCAUCAUCAACUGAACGAAGUCCAAAUAAUCAUUUAACUAAUUCUGCUAAUAUAACAACUAGCAUUAAUACUAGUCAUACGUUACAACAACAUAAAACUUUAAAUCGUGUAGAUCUAUCACAUUCAUCAUCAUCUUCAUCGUCAAUAUCACCACUAUCUACACCAUUCUUGGGUGAAUCAACGGUACAGUGUUCUCAAACAAAUAAUGUUCAAUCGAAAUUGAGUCACCCAACAACACCAAAAAUAGACACGACAACACCAUUAAAUGAAAAUAAUAAUGGUAAUGUGUCCAGUAUGGAUUUAAACAGUGUAAUGGCAUCAUUUUUAAGCAAACAUUUUGGUAGUUUUCUUGAUAAUGAUACAAAUCUAUGUAAUACGAAUGGUAUCAAUGGUGAUGAUAGUACUGGUCGUUUCCAAAUGAAUAAAAGUCAUGUCCCAUCGAGUUAUCGAUCCAAUUUGUCGAAAUCACCAUUCAAAUCAAGUUUAUCUAGAUUACCACCGAAACGUGGAAAUCUACGCAAUACCGACGAUGAUGAUGAUGAUGAUGUACUCGCUAUUUAA